AUGGCAGAGCUUACCAGUCGCCUGGCUUUCCUGGCCGACCUGCUGGCCAACCUGGCCUCAGCCUGCCUCUCUGAGGCGGGGAUUGAGAAGCGGCGUCAAUCGUCGUCUCUGCGGAACUCAUGCCUCCGACCCAACGGACAACCAGAGGCUGGGCUUUCUCCGCUCUCACCGCCUCUCUCGAUGGCCAAUGCAGCAAAUACAGCCUCUAUUGUGUUAACAGCCUCGUCUGAUCCUCCGCCUCUGUCAGGCACCGAUCCAGUCUCUACGGAGCCCAGCACCCUUGCCUCGUCCUCUGAGUUUACGGCCAUCUUUCGCCCACUCUUGGCGCCCUGUUUGAGCCGGCUGAUUGCGGUUGCCGAGGGUCCUCACCUCAGACAAGUGCUUGCUGACUGGUUCAUCCAUUUUGCCUCUGAGCUUCACUGCCUCUAG